GCGCAACAAAGUUAUUGUUCGUCCUGUGGCUCCACUUCCUAGCUCGUUUAACACAGUGUCCCAUCAACAAAGCCAAUGUUCGGUAGUUCAAGGUCCACCUGCGUCAUCUAAUCAAUAGGUCCGGACAUUAAAAGUCUAGAAGCGAGGAUGCGACGUUGCUAUUGAGGUGUGGUCUGCUAAAACGUGCCAUGUCUGUGGUUUUCCCACGUCCUUCUAACAACACUAUCCACGGCUCCAAGGAUAAGAGACUCAUGGCAGAAGUGAAAGCGUCGCCUCUCAAGCAUUUCGUCACAGCAAAGAAGAAGAUCAAUGGGAUCUUCGAGCAAUUAGGAGUAUAUAUUAAGGAGAGUUCUGACUUUCUGGAAGAUACACACAGAAAUGGUGAACUUGAUCCCAUCACCACAGAGGAGCAGGUCCAGGAAGUCCGGGGUUACCUCUCCAAAGUGGCAGGGAUUGGGGAAGUGCUUGCAAGAAGACACAUGAAAGUAGUUUUCUUUGGCAGAACCAGCAAUGGAAAGAGCUCAGUUAUCAAUGCUAUGCUGUGUGACAAAGUACUACCAUCCGGAAUUGGACACACAACCAACUGCUUUCUGAGAGUGGAGGGCACUGAUGGAAAUGAGGCCUUCAUCCUUACCGAGGGCUCUGACGAAAGGAAGAGCAUCAAGACCGUGAACCAGCUGGCCCAUGCACUACACCAAGACGAGGCCUUGGAUGCUGGCAGUUUGGUUUGUGUCAUGUGGCCCAAAGCCAAAUGUGCACUGCUCAGGGACGAUCUGGUCUUGGUGGACAGUGAGGAAAUUCCACAGGCAGAAAGAAACCCAAUAGAGAAGGGGUUCUUAAACUUUUUGAUCUCUGGGCCCACCUUUUCCAGAACCAAUGGGACCGGGGCCCAUUCAAGUAUAGAUGUGACCACGGAACUGGACAGCUGGAUUGACAAGUUCUGCCUUGAUGCUGAUGUCUUUGUCCUGGUGGCUAACUCAGAAUCUACGCUAAUGCAGACAGAAAAAUCCUUCUUCCACAAAGUGAACGAGCGCCUUUCCAGUCCUAAUAUUUUCAUUCUCAACAAUCGCUGGGAUGCGUCAGCCUCUGAGCCAGAAUACAUGGAAGAGGUGCGGAGACAACACAUGGAUAGAUGCAGCAACUUUCUGGUGGAUGAACUGGGUGUCGUGGACCGAGCACAAGCCUGUGACCGUGUCUUCUUUGUCUCAGCCAAAGAAGUCCUUCAGGCUCGGUCGCAGAAAGCUCAGGGAAUGCCCGAAGCAGGUGGCGCCCUUGCUGAGGGAUUUCAAGCACGAAUGUUUGAGUUUCAGAACUUUGAGAGGAGAUUUGAGGAGUGCAUCUCCCAGUCAGCUGUGAAGACCAAGUUCGAGCAGCACACUGUUCGAGCCAAGCAGAUCUCUGAAACACUGAGACUCAUCAUGGAUUCUGUUCAUGUGGCCUCACAAGAGCAGAGGCUCUACUGCAUGAGAACCAAAGAAGACCGUCAGGAGCGGGUGGAGUUCAUUGACCAGCAGUUGCACCUGUUGUCUGCUGACUGCAAGGCCAAGAUCAAGAAGAUCACAGAGGAGGUGGAGAAACAGGUGUCAAAUGCUUUGGCAGAGGAGAUUAGGAAAUUGAAUUAUCUUGUAGAUGACUUCCACAAAGACUUCCACCCGUCACCCGUGGUGCUCAAGGUCUACAAGAAUGAGCUUCACAAAUACAUCGAAGAGGGUCUGGGAAAGAACAUGUCUGAGCGGUGCUCAAUGGGCAUCACCAGUGCUCUAAAGGUCACACAGACCGAAAUGAUAGAAGGACUAAAGCCGCUGUUGCCUGAUCCAAUAAGAGAACAGGUGGACAAAUUGGUCACUCGUCGUUGCUUUAGUCUCAGUUAUGACCUGGCCUGUGACAGACUGUGCGGCGACUUCCAGGAGGACAUCGGCUUUCACUUCUCACUUGGCUGGACCAUGUUGGUCAACAGAUUUCUGGGAGCCAAGAACACACGGCGAGCCCUAAUGGGCUACAAUGAUCAGGUCCCCCGCUCCAUAGCAUUAACUCCCCUCAGCUCGAGCGCUCCUCCGUUCCCACAGACCUCACUGACCCAAGAGGAACUCAUGGUUUCUAUGGCAACCGGAUUGGCCUCCCUCACGUCGCGCACUUCAAUGGGAGUCCUUGUGGUUGGUGGAGUGAUCUGGAAGGCAGUGGGGUGGCGAAUGAUUGCUCUGUCGGUGGGUCUAUAUGGGCUCCUGUACGUCUAUGAGCGUCUCACCUGGACCACCAGAGCCAAAGAGAGAGCGUUCAAGAGACAGUUUGUGGAGUAUGCUAGUGAGAAGCUGCAGCUCAUCGUCAGCUACACUGGAUCAAAUUGCAGCCAUCAAGUCCAGCAGGAGCUGGCGGGUGUGUUCGCUCAACUGUGCCAGCAGGUUGAUGUGACCAGACAGAACCUGGAAGAUGAGAUCACUGACAUGAAUAGCAAGGUGGAACUGCUGGACCGUCUCCAGAGCAAAGCCAAGUUGCUGAGGAACAAGGCUGGCUGGCUCGACAGUGAACUAAACAUGUUCACACAGCAGUACCUUCACCAGAGCAAAUGAUGCUUCAGCAGUAGACCCUACGCACACCUGCAAAUGAAGUUUUACUAGAGUCAUGUAACUGAUACGCCUAACUGAUGUUUAUAACCGAGUGUGUGAGGCUGAGUGGGGGAAGACAUGUUUGGCGAGAUUUUCACCCUCUCAUUGAUGAACUACAAGGCAAUUAUUUUUGGUCUAGAAGUGGUGGAAACUCACAAUUCUUCUUUUUUUUUUUUGAGGCCUUUUAGUGUUUGCAUGUCGGCAUUCUGGGUUUUCCCAAAAUACUCCAUGUCCUCUCCACAGUGCCGGAAAUGUCUGCCAAUUGUGUGCAGGACAUGAGUCAAGUCUUUGAGUUGCCAUCUUGUACUAGCACCGCAACACUAAAGAGAACACUUGAGUUGUACAUAAGGGUACAAGUGUCAGAAACUUGUACAUUUCGUACUUGUCAUUUUAUGGUGGGAUACUUAUAAAGGGAGAAAAAAAGUAAAUUAUUUAUUUAUUGAAGAAUUGCUUUCAAUUGCCUUCUGAGUGUUAUCCGCCACGUCCAUGUUAAGAAAUGGCUUCACAGGUGGAAAUUCCUUGUCUCCCUGGUUGAUAUUCUCCCCCCCAUGCUUACCCUGCUCCUUCACCAUACUCAUAGAAAAUUUCAGAUUUUCAAAUAGAGAUUUCCAUCACUUGUGCGUCUAUUGCAAUUGAGUUUUUUUGUGCUGAUAUCAAAACUAAAGGCGAGAGAAAUGCCAAAUGAUUGAAAAAGGCCUUGUGAUUGAAAAGAAGUGUGGGAAGAGUGUGUACCUGAAGCCAUAUUGUCCAGUGGGAGUUUGAUUGUUGACCAUUGAUUCACACAACACUUCCAGUCGAGGACACAUGCACUUUAACUGUUUGCUGCAUCUUCUCUUGUCUUUCUGCCUCUAAGGAGUGACUGCAGUCAAUCAUAUAGUUUGUAGAUCUGGACAGAUGCUGUCUGCACCCAAUAAACACCUAUAAAUAUUAUCAUCUU